ACUGCAGGAAUCUAAACAGUCAGUAUGAAGAUCUGUGUAUUUAAGGGUGCAGAACUUUGAAACAUCACACUAUCAAUGCUGUUGUCUGUAAAACAUGCUUGAUGAUAACAAACCUGACCCAAAACUAAAGAUUGUAAAUGGACCAUUUUCAUUCACGUUGCUCCACAGUGUUGUCGGCCACUGUACCAGUCUCUUUUCAUGUUUUGUAAUGUGUCCUAAAAUGAUAAACUUUUACAUUUUGGAAACUGCUCUGCUUUGUAAAUCUGUAUAAAACAUAUUUGCUAUUCAAAUGCCAGUGUCAGUGAAAGUGUGCUGUUGGUUUAAGAAGGUCAUGCAGCUGAAAAAGGUUCAAAACAGGAGGAAAAAAAAAGAGGAUACACGUGAAGCCAGUGUGACCCAGACUUUGUGAGUCUGAACUACUCACCGAGUCUGUAUUUUGAUCAGCCUCAAAGGGAGCUCACCAACGUACAGUGCUCUACAGGAUAUUUUUAGUUGCUGAAGCGGUAAAAGUAGAUUAAGAAACGUCUCAUACGCUGCUUUGUUCUUUGACUAUGAAAGUGGAUGGGGCCCCUUGGAUCACUUCCUUUACAAGCAGACAUGCACACACACACAGCUUGAUGUGUGUAGAUAUACAUGAGGGAGGUGAGCGAAGUGUGCUGACAGGAAAUAACCUUGAUAAUGGAAAGCGGCUGUUCUUCCUUUCACAGACAUCUACACUGAAGAUGGCUGCUCUCCUCACCAUCACCCUGCUCCUGCUGUGCUCCUCUGUCACAGGUUCUGAGGGAAAAUGUGACUACAAUGUUGCAACAGGUGACAAUUUUACUGUUUCCCUGGACCAGAGGCUGAAAGGGUUAAAAAUAUUACAAUGGAAGCACAAUAACAUCAAUGUUUUUAAAGGAAGAAUCAAAGAUGAAAAAAUCUCAGUCGUACUUGGCAAAGAAAAUGACAUUUCUCCAAAUGGAUCCCUGAAGCUGACAAAUAUGGAUAAAACCAAAGCAGGGACCUACACCCCAGAGGUCUACGACACUGAUGGAAGAAAUAAAAUACUAGAUGGGAAAUCUGUGUGUGUAUUUGAUCGCGUACCUAAACCCAAAGUGACGUUUCAGUGUGGUCCAAAAUCAAAGGAGUCGCAAGUCACAUUUACCUGCACUUUUAAACCGGAGGAGGGUCUCCAGAUUGAGUGGCUGAAGAAUAAGAAUUUGAUUAAAAAUGAGAAGACUAAAACUCUGAAGCAAGAUGGAGAAAAAGUGGAAAGAGAUUCCUUCACUUGUACAGUGUCCAACGCUGUCAGCUCCAUGACCAGUGAGCCCGUUAUCCAAACCUGCUUUAAAGAACAAUUCAGCUUUUUGUAUGAUGAAGUAAUGGGUGUGGCCGUCUGGAUUAUCAUUGCCAGUGGUGGAGGUGUGGUUCUGCUGCUGAUUCUGACGAUCGUUGUUUGCUGCAUCAUGAACAAGAGGAAAAGACGCAUGAACCUGAAGGACGAAGAGGAGCUUCGUUUGGACUGGACCAACACUGAACAGCAGCAGCAUCAUCAUCCUCCUCAUAAUCAGAACCACAAACAUCACCAUCACAACCCUCCUCUCGAUCACCAGCAGCACCACCAGCAGCACCAGCAGCACCAGCAGCACCAGCAGCACCAGCAGCAGCAGCCGGGUCACACGGGUCCUCGGCAGAACCGCUCCCGACAGCAGCGCGAGCCGCGUCCCCGGCUGCCUGAGCCCCCCGGUGGUCCUCAGCCCAGCCCCAGACGGGCUGCUCAGGGCCCCGGACCUGCUGCCAACCAUGAUGACGAGCAGCCUCCUCCUCUUCCUCAGCCGAGGAAGAAAGCGCAGCUGUGAAGAAACUGACAUCUGAUACAGGCUUUUCACUUUCAGUUUCACUUUUUUGCAGGAACAUGAAGUCAGUCAAACUUUUUUUAUACUAACAUCAUCAAACUAUGUGAAUUUUCCAAUCUUCUAUUUAUAUUCAAAGACUGAAUUAUUGAGCAACAGUUAAAUCUCUGGGCGUAAAUAUAACUAUAUACUAUAUACUGUAUCUAUUUCUGUUCUAAUAUAUAAAAACAAACUACAACAACUGCCACUGUUUUAUUUUGUAGCAUCACAGAUGUUAUUUCAUAGCUUUAGCUGUUCAACAUCAAUGGAUCUGUCUCACACUUAUAAUCAAUCGCUUUGAAGCAGCCGUCAACUCAAACUCCACAUUGUCUGAGCAGUUGACACACAGGCCUGAACAGCUGCUCCAUGGUCACAAUGAUAUGUUUUGUUUGCUAAAGGCUGUAACCGUGCCAAAACAUUUGAAAUACUGUAUGCAGCAAAAGCUAAUUUUGCCUUUACACAACACAACUGGCAAACAAGUGUAUGAGCACAUGCAAUGAGUCAUAACACGAUUGUAUUGUCAUUGUAGCCUGUUCCCGUUUGGUGUUUUUCUAUAGAGCAUGUGUCAAAUGUACCUUUUUUCAAAGAAUUGUACCCAGAUGAAAAAUGCUUUGAUUUAAUUUUUAUUGAAUUAACAACAUUCAUUCUUUUUUUUCAACUGUGACUAAAAACUGAAAUAUUGUAAAUAUUACAGAAAAUACAUGCAAACCAAACUACAGUCAAAUCUGAGACACUGUUGAUACUCAGUCUGUGCCUUAGACCUCCUCCAUCCAUGCUGUACAAACCAACACAUCACAGGAGUGUCAAACAGGAGCUAUGGUGAUUUCAUACUGGUCUUACUGGUUUCUUAUAGUUAGGAAUAAAUGGUCUCUGUUUGGUCAACAAAGCUAAAACAAAGGAGUUUGGACUGUUUGAAUGACAUCAGUUUUGCAAUAGGCAGGAGACAACGUUUCAGUCCAUUGAGAACUGGUCUACGGGUCUAUGUAUCUGAUGCUUCACCAGCACCAGGCUCCUGCAUUAACCUCCUGCAGAAGCAGAACUCCAGUUUUAUUUACACAUGUUUGAAUCCCCUGUUUUGUGAGCCUAGUGCUGUCACAAAGUGACUAACCUGCACAGACUAGUUCAUUUUCGAGUCAAACCUUCCACUGUUUUUUGGUGUGUGAAUCAUGUCCCUUUAUGAACCCGCCUAUUCCUUCCUGUGUGGGUUACGACUACCUCUGGUGCAUGUCCUGCAUUCAUUACGCACCGGGUCACAGGCCGUAGGCUUCAGGUUUGCUCUAGUGCGGCUACUGCAUACUUCAGUUCAUGUGCACAGACUCCUUAAGCCACUGUGUGCUUGUUUCCCUCACACUCCAGGCUUUACAACAUGCAGAGUUGCUACUAACCUGACUUUAUGUUGCUAUUUUGUUGUUGCAUUGUGCAACAGUAAGAAGACAAGUGUUAGCAUCUAAUAUGAGUCAGGUUCCUUCUGCCAGGAAUGUAAAUGUGCGUUAGAGUUAGAAACCUGCCUCAAAGAUGAUUUAACAGAAACAUUCAACUGUGUAAAUAUUCAAAAUAAUCACACACGUAAAUAAUGCGAAAUGAGAAUGCCUUUAUUAUCUUAAGAGCACACACAGGUACCAGAAACCGUCCAAGGCUGCAUUCUAGGCUACGUGUUCAACUCAAACUGUGUGUCUGCAGUGUGACAACUUUGUUUUGAUUAGAAGUGACGCUUCUAUGUAACACUUUAAAUUAUGACUGAUCUUUUCCAGCACAACUUGCAGAUGAAGUUUCAAACUGCGUCAUUUUCACAUCUGCAGCGAGUUUCUUGUUUUUUGCGUGUGUGUGUGUGUGUGUGUGUGUGUGUGUGUGUGUGUGUGUGUGUGUGUGUGUGUGUGUGUGUUACAUAUCCUGUCUUUUUGCUGAACGUGUGUUUGUGGUUUAGAUUGUCGUCUCUGUGCUGAGCUACGUGUGUUAACCAGACGCUUUCCUGUACCUGCAGCUGAAACAGUGCAGCAACCAGGACACACACGUAUCUUCCCUUAUUGUACUUUAGAUUUAAAUAAUUCUAAUUGUCUCUCUUAGAAGGAAACGUCAGGAAGUGAGCUGUGGUGGCGUUACACCCACGCUGGCAGCAGGCACUUCACACAUUUCAUUUUCUUUACAAGUUUGAUGUUCUUAUUUUUUUAAUCACUGUUUAACAAGAGGUGUUCAUUUUAAUAAAGGGAUGUGUGUAAAAAAUCAAAAACA